GAAUUUGAGGGUAAAAUCGGAACUAAAGUAAAAGCCAGUCCAAUAAACCCUGCGUUUAAACCAUCGUUUCACUCCGUCGCUCCCUCCUAUCCUCUCAUUCACCGCCGCAACCGCCGCCUCUCUCUCCAUCUCCAACCUCUCAUUCACCAUCGUAGCUGCCGCCUCUCUUGUUGUUCUUCAUCUACUUCGCUUCAAUGUCCAAACAGCAGGUUGUGGCAAUUUCGAAAGAUGAUCCAGAGAGUUACAAACCUCAUCACGAAUUUAAGCAAGAUGUUAAGGAAGCACUUGUUGAUCUUAACUUGACUGAAUCCAGUGAGCUUUGGCUGCUUCGAUUGCCGUUUUCUAAUGAUUUGUUAGCUGACAUUGACGGGCAGGAAUUGUCGCUCAAACUUGAUAAGGAUGGCACCUUGGCCAGCUUUGAGGGCGCGUCAGGGAAAGCGUAUGAUUUUGUCAGCUUUGCUUCCAUGGAGCCUGACGAAACAGUUUUUGUUUCCUCUGCUACAGAAUCAAAAAUUGCUGGAAAGAUUUCACGUCGUGUUUCUGUUGUUCAUUACCAUGAUCCUAAAGAACUCGAAAAGAUUACUACAACUGAUGCAAAAAAAGCGCUUCUAAAUUCUAUAGGCGCGACUCCCGGAAAUUUUUCACGUGCAUCAGCAUUAAAAAGUAGCAGACUGAAGAGCUCAUUAUCUGAAUUUUCUGAACGAUCAAAGACUCCAAAAAGAAGACGUGGUGGGACCAAAACUCAAAUGCCAAACCUCAUGAACUCUUCUGAUCAUUCUCAAGGAGGAAAGUCAAACACUUCUGCAAUCUCUUCUGAUCAUUCUCACGGAGCAAAGUCAGAUGCUUCCGCCUUCUGAUCAUUCUCAUGGAGGAAAGUCAAAAAGAAGAAAACAUACGUAGUAAUGUUUACUUCAGUUGAUAUAUACUUUCUUAUGAUCAUUCUCAUGGAGGAAAGUCAAAGAGAAGAAAACAUACGGAGUAAUGUUUCCUUCAGCUGAUAUAUACUUUCUCAUGGACCGCAUUAAUAUAUGACAUUAAUAGUACUUGAGCAAUGUUACUUUUUUCUGUUUCUCUUUUUCAUUUUUUUCAACUGGGGUUACUACUCAGGAUCAUUGAUUUUCACUGUUGCCAUUUUUUCGAGAUUAAUGGUUUGGAUAGAAGCAUGGUAAUAUUAUGGCGAAA